ACAUUUGACUCCUGAAUUUCAGAAGCGGUGGUCCUCUGUGUUUGCGCAUGCGCAACAAAUGUAGCUGCCGUAGCCAGACAGCAGCAUCGCAGAGAGACGAGACACCGGGAUGGCCUCUGCUUUUUAAUGACAAAAAACACAUCAGAUCUCCACAAAAUGAAGUUUCCUUUCUCAUAGAUUCACGAGGACAUGGUGGUGAAAAGGCGUCUCAUGCUUCAUUAGUGGAACAGUGACAUGCUGGCCUGUCUGCCAGCAUCAGGUGACCCUACCAUCAGAUUUCUCUCCCGCACGCAGAUGAACACUGGACUUCAGAAAUGGGAAACUACACAGAAGAUGAGAUCUGCCAACUAUCCAACCCCAGCAGAGUUGGAUGCCUAUGCUAAGAAAGUUGCCAACAACCCUCUGACCAUUCAGAUCUUUCCCAACAGUGUCAAAGUACCUCAAAGGAAGCACAUUCGACGCACAGUAAACGGACUUGACACAUCCCAGCGCCACAGUCCCUACCCCUCUCAGGUCAGCGCCAGCGGGGGCCUGCUGGCUGUCCUCCUUGCGCCUCUCAAAGGGGUCAUCAAAGACUCAGACGGCAGCCGCGCCCGACAGCUUCACAAGGCCAUCAUGAAUCCUCACAGUGGGCCAUACGUCACUCAAAGCACUUUAAACCUUUCCCAGCCUGCGCCUCAUCUCCAGGGCCCAUCCCAGGCUGUCCAGAAGCAGGCUAUGGUUCACCCACAGGUGCUACAGCAACAGCAGCAAAGUUUGACUCAUCCAAUAACUAUACAGCAGCCUCAAACAAUGCCACACCCACAGGCUUUACAACAAAGGAGCAUGGCUCACUCACAGGCUCUGCAGCGACAGCAGAGCUUGACCCAGGCUCAGACUUCACAGCAGCAAAGAUUGGCUCACCCACAAGGAAUCCAGAGGCAGCAGAGUCUGUCUCACAGCCAGGCACUGCAGCAGCAGCAGCAACAACAGCAGCAGCAGCAGCAGAGCCAGCCCUGUCCAUCAGUUGUACCACAGCAGAGACUUUCACAUCUGCAGACAAUAAGGCAUCAGGCAGCUCCUCCGCAAGCUUUACUCACACAAGGAGUGACUCAGGAUCUGCGCCACAUAUCUGAUGGAGUUCAGCUACCAAGUCUGCAGCACACCCAAGGGCCCGUUAGUUCCCAGCCACUCCCCCAGGCUGUGGGCACAGGACCUCCUACCAUGCCCCCUAACAGCCUCCAGCAGCCCCCACUGGGUCCAUAUGGGCCCCGGAAGCUCCCGGAUGCAGAUGCCCCACCAAAUAUUACUGUGUCUACCUCCACCAUCCCACUGUCCAUGGCAGCCAGCCUGCAUCAGAACCGGCCUGGUGACCUAAGCAGCAUUGUGCACCAAAUCAACCAGCUGUGUCAGGCACGGGCUGGCAUGGGCACCACCUCAGUCUGUGAGGGCCAGAUUGCAAACCCUAGCCCCAUCAGCCGCAACCUGUUGAUAAACGCCAGCUCAAGAGUGUCCUCGCACCACCCGACUCUGGGCUCAGUGUCCAGCUGCCUCAUGGUGGGACCCCCAGACAAAGCUGCAGCUCAGAUUCCUAGUGCUGUGCUGCAUUCACAGCCAAAUAUAGCUGCUGCUAACAGUAUACCUGCUUUUCACUCUGACCCGGAGAAGGUACAGCUGCAGCAGCAACAGCAGCAGCAGCUUCAGCAACAGCAGCAGCAGCUUCAGCAGCAACAGCAGCAGCAGCUUCAGCACCUUUUACAUCAGCAGAAACAGCAGCAGCAACAACAUUUGCAGCAGCAGCAGCAGCAUUUACAGCAGCUGCAACAACAACAGCGCUCUUGGGCACAGCACCAGCUGGCCCACAUGCAGCAGCCUCCUGAGGGGGCUCAUCCCUGUAAGAACCCAAGAAUGGAGGCUCCAGCUGAGUGUGCUUUCCCCUCUGGAAACCUAAAUUAUUCCCACAAGUUACCAAACACUGCACAAUCCUUCCCCCUGAAACACCCAGCAGAAAAAACACGACCUUCAUCCCCUCUUAACUGCCCAGUAGGUUCCAUGCCUUACAUUAAUAGCCACUACAUGCAGCCUCCAUGGGGAAGCCUUCCAGCCACUGCAGAAAACAAUGGAUCUGGCCCUCAGGACGUCUCAGGGGCUUACCAGGGAGGACAGGCUUCUGCGUCCACAGACCGCAUCCCUGGAGCAAAGUACAGGCCAGGGAGGGAGGCUCCUAGUGGCCCGUCAAAGUUAAUGCAGAAUGUGGAUUUCUUAGGAGGGGACUAUCAGAUGCCCAGCUUUCAGGAGCAGAACUUGGAUGUUCUAGAGAAGAUGCACAGGUCAGCCAUGGGCCAAGUUCAGGAGCCCAGAAAUGGCGGCACUGUCCACACUCAUCAUGCUGGCUACCGUUAAGCGUGUGCUUAUCCCCUCUUGGUGUUUUGAGUUUAGUCUCAACGGCUACUUUAAGCUUCUGUGGUUUAUUCUUUAAGAUCCUGCAGGUGAUCAGUUUCUGUGUCAGAGCUUGAUUUGUAGACCGACCAGGUUGUGAUGUUUCUAAGUAAUUCUCAGGUCUUAAGUCAUGUCGUACCUUUUGUUGCAGAUGAAGGGUUUUUGAGAUUGUUGCGUAGAACUCCUCUUUUCAUCACUGGCAUGUCUUUGCUGCUUGUUUUCAUGUAUAUAUGAUGUUUUGAAUAUUAGUUUGGAGCUGAGAAUAUGCUUGCCAUAUAAUCGCAGUGCUUCUCCUACGUUGACAACAUGGGACAGCUUUAGUUUUCUUUUUCCAGCAUUUGUGGCCUUACAACUGCCCAAAGGCAAGACUUGAGAUGUCCUUGUGAAACGAUUUUAUUUACAGUAAUUUAUCGUCUGAAAGGAUUUGUGAUCCAUUUAAAUAAGGUUAUUUGUAUAUGCAAUUAACAAGACUGUUGAUAAGGUUUUUGUUUUUUUCCCAGGAGCGCUCUCCUGCUGUUGAGGUGUACACUGUCAAAGGGCCUGAGUUAGAGCCUCAACUCUUAUCGGGAAUACAACAUGGCUUCUGAGCUGAGCUGUGAUUGGUCCUGGUAGUUUUUGCUUCGUUCCAUGUGCAACGGCGGUAGUGGACAGAAAAUGGCUGACUCAUUGUUUUCUGUUUCUGAUGAUGUGAGCAGAAUUCCCUUGUAUAUGGAAAGUUUAAAGUGCCCUCAUGAGUGUAAUAUUUGUUGUAGUAUUACUUUAUGACAGUUUUUAUUUUAUUUCUGUAGAUGGUCCAACUUGAACUGUAGAAAUUACUUUUUAAUGUUAUGAUUAAUAUUUGGCAAAAGGAGCAGAGUCUCCGUCAGCCUCUAUUUGUCUAAAGCUAAUGUGAAACCGAACAGCAUCCCAUAAUUAUUAUUAAAAUAGUUUGUGUGUGUCGGUAUGUGAAAAGCAAAAUGAUCACUUGCAAGCAUGCAAGGUCUUCAAAAACAAAGUGCAAGCUGGGAAAAUGAUUUGUUUCCUCACCACUUUACUACUGUAAUGCAAGUGAACGGAUGUGGUGUGGACUGUAUCUGUGUGGCUGUUCACCUGCGAAUCACUGGCCUUACCUGUGUCGUACAUGUGCUACCUAUGAAACAAACAAAAACAUUUACUGCAGGUCAUUCUGCUGGAUGUGUUGAGCACAAAGCUUUGGACCCGUUUCUUCCUCCUGUUCUCUGUGUUUUUGGGUCAAUUGUGUCCAAGCUUUUGUUGCUCUGUUGUCAUCGAGCCUUCUGGAAAAAGCCUUAAACGUCAAAGUAGUUCUUCUACUUAAUACUUCACUGACUUUCUCUGCCAGGAGCUUAAGUAUGGCAUUGUUUUUCCCUUAGCUUUUGGUCAUUUGAAAUUUGUUAAAACUGCACUGUCAGAUCUUAGGGCAUUGUUAAUAUGUAUAGGCAGUCAGAUUAGGUGAUUAUUUUUACCCUUUAAUUGGAAAUAUUAGGGUGAAACCUGUUCAUAAAUCACCUGUUCUGCUGCCUUAAAUGUUGCCUAACUAUCAAGGAUUUAAGAUGAUUUUAAGAGUAAAUAUAAAUAGUAUGUAUUUAGCAGAAUUAAUAGAUAUGUAGAUCAGGGCUGUAGCAGUUAUCUUAAAGUAUUUGGACUGUGUUUUAGUUGUUAUACUUAUAAUUAAAUAUCCUGAUAUAGUUUAAUUUAUUUCUUUGGACCACUGCAUCCUGAAGCCAUAGGUGAUUUCACAUUAGGUGCCAUAGGUGACACACAUUGAUGAUGCAGACCGUGAAAAACAGAUUCAGCAAAGGUUUGCAUCUGUGCUUUAAUAUUACACAAACACCCAGUGCGUUUCCCUGUAGAGACAGAAAAUGGCGUCACGAUGAGGUGUCAGUCGUCUUUAGAGGAAAGACAGCUGAUGUGGAAAAACCGUACCAUUUCUGAAUUCUGCUCUUCAUACUUGACAGCAGUUUAUUAUUUUUCCUGGCUCUUGUUUUUGACGUGCCUGCCCCUUGAAGCUGCUAUUGAAUUUAAUCUUAACACACACUACUAUGAUUUGUGUGUGUUUGUGUGCGUGUGUAUAUGUGUGUGAAUAGUAAUGAUGUAUGGGCUGUUAAUCGGUGAAAAACAAUGGGAUGGGUGAAAGAAGGGCGCCUCUCUAAUUCUGUCAACAUGGCUGUCAUUGGAUUCUACCAGGAGAUGACUGUACAUGUGAUUACUGAGCGGUGUUAGGGUGGUGGUGGUUCCCUCGUGUCCGUCUCUUCACCUCAACAAGAACAGACACUGAGUGAGAACGAUGAACCAUGUGACCCACCUGUCCUCUUCAUGUUGAACUGCCUCGUUACAGCCCGACACAGUCAGGUUCUACACUUUCAUAUGAAGUGCCUCCACUGGGCUUAGUAUGGAGAAACGUGUGUGCACGCGCACAUGGGUGCGAGUGUGUGUGUGUGUGUGUGUGUGUUUGUUUGUUGAGCUUGGGUACUUGCACACGGGUGUGCACGAAGUUAAUCUCUGAUGGGGGACCAAGCUACUUAGUGUAACUACUGAUACUGUGUCAUGGACUGAAGUCCUGAAGUGUGCCACGAUUCCUCGACACUGUCGGGAUGUGUGAACUGUUUGCUGCUGACUCACUGACCAAAGUGACCAAGCGUUCCUCUCUGUAAACCCCUCCCCCCUUUCCCUCUCCCAGUCAAAAGCCUCAGCAGGCUUUUCAUGGGAACUUAUUAUGUUCUAACAGUAAUAAGCAACAAGCUGGUGACAUAAAGAAGAGCUGCUACCCUCAUUUACUGGUCAAAGAAGUUGUGAAGUAAAAACUAUAAAGGUGUGAAGAGAGCAUGAAGAAAUCUAAAGAGAGUGAUUCCUGCCUGCACAGAAAAAAACCCAUUUGGUUCUGUUAAUCACCAAUGAUUACGAUAAUCGAAGGAAAUUAAGUUCUGUAAUUUGAGGUUAUGAAUAUUUUCCGGGAUCAUUAUCAGAAAGAACUCUGGAACAGAGCAACGUCUGCCAACAUUUGCAUUCUCACGUACCUGACAUUCCGGACAAUCUGUGACGAUGUUCGAACGUUAGUCCACGCCUGUAAACAUAUUUUGACACUAAAAAGAACAUCUUUGAUUUCUGGACUAAGCAAAAAUAUCUGAGGACAUUGUCAUCUUGAGUUUUGAAAAAUACAGAAGUGUUUCUCUAUCUGAUAAUAAUCAAUAAUGGAAAUAAUUUUAAGUUGCAGAACUUGAUUUGUUGUCCGCAUGCACUGUGAGAGGUGUUGUGGGACAACACAGGUGGUUUUAUUAGGUGCAGGUUUGUGACCACUCACUGUAGAUUUAUUUGGACUCCAGCAGUGGUGGAGGGGGGUUACUGUCUCUACUUUGUGAAAAUGUGAUAUUCCAGUUUUGCCUAACCUUCAGGAAUAAAAUGUCUUGCACAAACAUUCCCCACCCCCCAACCAAAAUAAAGUUUGCAAACACAGUG